UGGUGCACGUCUCCGUCAAACAAUUUUAACUCUUUCCUCUUCUCACAUCCCAUCAUGACUCAACGCGACGUUUACAUUGCUGCUGCUCAGCGUACCCCUCUUGGUGGUUUCAACGGUUCUUUGGCUUCGUUGCCUGCUACCAAGCUCGGCUCAUUGGCCAUCGAAGCUGCUAUCAAGAAGAUUAACCUUCCUGCUGAAGCCGUCGAAGAAGUCAUCUUUGGUUGCGUUUUGUCCGCUGGUCUCGGUCAAAACCCUGCUCGUCAAGCUGCCCUUGGUGCUGGCCUCAGAGAUGAGACCAUUGCCACCACCGUGAACAAGGUUUGCGCUUCUGGCAUGAAAGCUGUCAUGAUGGGUGCUCAGAGCAUUAUGCUUGGUAAUGCCGAUAUCAUUGUUGCUGGUGGUAUGGAAUCCAUGAGCAAUACUCCUUACUAUUUGCCCAAGCAACGCUUUGGUUCUACCUAUGGUAACACCGAGGUCGUUGACGGUAUUGUCAAGGACGGUUUGACGGACGUGUACAACAACUACUUGAUGGGUGUUGCUGCUGAGGAAUGUGCUGAAGAAUACCAGAUUUCUCGUGAGGAUCAAGAUAACUAUGCUGUCCAGUCUUACAAGCGUGCCCAAGCUGCCUUUGAAGCUGGUUAUUACAAGGAUGAAGUGAUUCCUGUGACUGUGUCCGGCGGCCGUGGCAAGCCUGACCGAGUGAUUGAAAUCGAUGAUGAAGUGUCCAAGCUCAACGAAGAAAAGCUUCGCGCUGUGCGUCCUGCUUUCCUUCCCAAGAACGGAACCGUCACUGCUCCCAACUCCUCACCUUUAUCCGAUGGUGGUGCCGCCAUUGUCUUGGUGUCCAAGGAAGCCGCCGAAAAGUACAACUUGCCUCUUUUGGCCCGAAUUUCUGGUUUUGCUGAUGCCGCUCAAUCGCCUAAUCGUUUCACUACCUCCCCUGCUCUGGCUAUCCCCAAGGCUAUCAAGCAUGCCGGUCUCACGGCUGAGGAUAUCGAAUACUACGAAAUCAACGAAGCCUUCUCCGUGGUGGCUUGCGCCAAUACCAAGAUUCUUAACCUCCCUGCCGAGAAAGUUAACAUCUGGGGUGGUGCUGUUGCUAUGGGACAUCCUUUGGGUUGCUCUGGUGCUAGAAUCAUUGCCACGUUGACCUCGGUCCUCAAGCACAAGAAUGCCAAGUACGGUGUUGCUGGUGUUUGCAACGGUGGUGGUGGAGCUUCGGCCAUUGUCAUUGAGCGUUUAUAAAGUAGCAGAAUAUAGUAGAAAAAAAAAAACAAAUGCCCUUUCUGAACACGAUGCUACCUUUAGGUAGAAAAAAAGGUUAAGAUAAUAGGGAAACAUACACACAAACACACAUAAAGUAAAGGAUGCUUUUUUUUUUCAUGCA